AUGAUGACGAUGAUGAUACUAUUUGUGGUUGCUGUAGAGUUCAUCGGGGCCAUUCUCGCCAAUGUACAUCCCAUAACAAUUCACGGACAUUACUUCGUCAACAGCGUCACGAAAGAGCCAGUAUGUAGUGUUGUGUUUUUUUUUUUUUGCUUUGCUUUGCUUUGCUUUGCUUUGUUCCUCCGGGAGGUGGUGUGUGUAACUUUUUAGAUACUAACAGUGCUAGUUUUACAUAAAAGGAAUAGAUUACCAACCGGGAGGUUCUUCAGCGGUCUCCAGUCUGAAAGACCCGUUGUCGGACCCCGUGCAGUGUGCAAGGGACAUUAUUCUAUUUCAACAGUUGGGUAUAAACGUAAGUGUCAAAAACGAAAUCACCAUUUUUCCAUCUCAAGACUUACUAACUUCAAUACUGUUAUAGACGGUCAGAAUAUACUCGGUGAAUGCAGAUUUGGACCACGAUAAAUGCAUGACCAUGUUGGCGGCAGCAGGAAUAUACUUGGUCCUCGACGUCAAUUCGCCCUUGCCGAACCAUCAUUUAAACAGGUACGAGCCGUGGUCGAGUUAUAACUUAUUCUAUUUCGAAAACAUCUUCAAAGUCGUCCAGCUGUUUUCCACCUACAACAACACCUUGGGUUUUCUCGCGGGCAACGAAAUUAUCAAUGACCCAAUCUCGGCUGCUGUUGCGGGACCUUUUAUAAAAGCCGUGAUUAGAGACGUCAAGACCUACAUCAAUAGCAACGCGCCAAGACCUGUCCCCGUGGGAUACUCGGCUGCCGACGAUUUGAACUAUCGCAUGCCCUUGGCGCGCUAUUUGGAGUGCGCCAACGACAAUCCGUUGGAGAGUGUCGACUUUUACGGCGUCAAUUCCUACCAGUGGUGCGGCGACCAAACGUUCUACAGCAGCGGGUACAAUAUCUUGGUCAAUGAUUACAAAGGAUACACCAAGCCCAUCUUCUUUUCCGAGUACGGAUGCAACGAGGUCUUGCCUCGCAACUUUGACGAGGUCACCGUCUUGUAUACAAACAACAUGAUUGACGUGUUCAGCGGCGGCUUGGUUUAUGAGUUUACCCAGGAGCCCAACAAUUUCGGUCUCGUUGCUAUCCAGCCCAACGGCGACGUCAAGAUCUUGCGCGAUUUCUUGCAAUUGCAGCUGAAGUUCGACACCUUACCGGAGUUGGACUAUACGUUCAUUGUCCAGUCAAUGAAGGAUAACGCCAGGGACAUCCAGGUCAGAAUCAAGCAGUUCAAAACGCCAAUCCCCAAAUGCGAGUCGACGUACCCGAAUUUGGACAUCUCCACGGGGGUGCCGCCCUCUGUCGUUGAUACCAUGAUUGAAACGGGAGUAGAUGUAAGACAGGGCAGCUUUGUCAAAUUGUCGAGCGAGGACUUGAAAACGGACGCCAGGUUCUACCACCCAUCGGGCGAAGUCAUGGACAUUGAUUAUGAAAUCGACGUGGUGGUGGAUUUCGAGUUGGACGAUGGCCAGCCCGCCACCGACCAGAGCACUUCAUUCCCCAAAGCGAAAGGAGUGGAAAGGCACAAGGAGCUGAGCAAGCGCAUUGGCGCAGGCGGCGGAAAUCCAGGCAAGGACAGGUCCAAGGACACAAUAGGAAACUUCCAUGUCGGGUCGAACAACACAUUAGUCAAUGUAGUUCAUAAAGUCACGGAUUCCGUUAAACAGUGGUACUCCAACGUCUUCAACCCGUGA